UCAAGUUUUCUACGAAUAUAUUUAUCAAGGUACUCAAGGUAUCUUUCCACUCUUCUCAAAAAUGCUUGAAUUAUGCCGAUGUUGUUGCCACUGGACCGAGUCGUUCAAGAGCAUGGACUGUGAUACCGCUUCGGUUGUGUUAAGGAUAUUUGGAAUAAAGUUUCAACAGUUUGAGUUCCUACCCAACAUUCUCUGCGAACAAUGUAUUACGCUGCUCGAUUGUUGUAAUAAAUUUUACGACCAAAUAAAGAAAGCAGAAGCAACCCUAUUGAAGCUGCACCAGGACAGUAAGUUAGAAGUCGCACUGAGUACACCACCGGACUGCAUUGGAGAAUCUUUGCACUGCUACAUGGAUAUAUUCUACGAUAUCGAACACAUCAACGCACCGAUUACAGAGAUUGAGGAGGAGCAAUAUACUUCCGACAGUGGCAACGAAGAAAGAUCUGACGAAGGGGAACGUGCUUCUCCGAGAGAGCAGCUAAUUGAUCUUACCAUAGUUCCGAUGGUUGAAGAACCUCAGUUUGUUAACGAGCCUUUCGACGAAGACAUAGACGCAAAUGCUACUUUGACCAAAGAAGCGGAACGACAGAACGCGAAGCAUCUCGAAAUUAGAGGUUAUGGUAAGGACAAAUGGCAACAACAACAUGCUAGAAAAACUUCAAAAGAAAAUGAUGCUGCCAAGCUACCGGAAAAGUGGACACAUACUAAGAUACAGAUAAAACACUUAGCAUACAGGUCGCAAGGUUCUAACAGAAGCAGGUCGAUCAUUGGAGAAAUGGAUAAGGUGGUGGAUUCUUCGAAGAAAAUCUCUCAUAAAUGCUAUAUCUGCGAUCAAGAGCUGUUAAGUAAAAACGGGCUGCAUCAGCACCUGCUUUCACAUGAAUCCCUUCUUCCAUAUCAUUGUAAAAACUGCAGCACUGCCGAACGGUUGAUUGAAAUUCGAACGAUUGUUGCACUAAACAAUCACUUCGAAACGCAUACGCAUCCGCAUCAGUGCUCACAGUGUCCAUUACGCUUCCGUAGCAUCACAUCUUGCAAACAACAUGCAAGUAAAGAUCAUACUACGGCUGCGAAAGCGGAAUUAACAUGUCAUAUUUGUGGGGCAUUCUUUGUUCAACAACACAAACUCCGUAAACAUAUUGCUGUUCACCGUAUCUUGCAGACGGAGCGGUAUAAGUGUAAGUCGUGCUCGAAAUUAUUCCAAUCGAGUACGCUGCUCCGCCGUCAUGAAUUAAUACAUUCCGACGACAUGCCAUUCAAGUGUCCAUUUUGUAGCCGGUGCUUUAAUCAUGCGUCGAACUUUGAGAAGCACAAAAUGCGACAUAUGCGCGAUCAAUUCAAAGAACUUCCGUGCAAGGAGUGCAAUACUAAAUUCACUAACGUUGUUGACUGGAAACGUCACAUGCAUGAACAUUUUCCGAAAGAUGGUCGCUACUGGACAAAAUAUGAAACACUACCGAAGGAGCUGCUUUACGCCAACAGUUAUCCCAGAACUUGUGUUGAACCUGGUUGCUCUUAUUACGCCCCCCGAUUGGACCUAAUGUGGUUGCAUUAUCGUAUGCACUAUAAAAUGUUCGAAUGUAAUCAUUGCAGACAAAGGUUUUCGAACAAUUACACAUUGGAGCGACACAUAGAAGUCGUUCAUUUGAACGUUCGGAAGCAUGAGUGUACAAUUUGUGGAAAGCGAUACGCAUACGGUCACAAAUUGCGCGAGCAUAUUAACUGGCAUUAUGGGGUGCAGAAUAAGUCUUGCAAGUACUGUCCCAAGACGUUCACUUUUUCGGGGAAUCUCACCUUACACGAGAGAAAACACACUGGUUUCAAACCAUACUCUUGUGAGCAAUGUGGUGAAUGUUUUACGAUUCGCCGAAGUUUAACAAAUCACCAAAAACAUCAUCAAUCGACGGACCCGAAAAGCAGCCAAGAAUCAACCGCAGCGAAGUGAACGCAAUGCAUUAUUGUAGCUAGAGCUUAAAAAUAAGUGGUUCAACCUGAAUUUUGAUGAUUCAAUAAAAAUGAAACAUUUGAAUAUCAUACUAAAUUAAGAAUGCAAAAUACGUUCAUACGAAUGUUACGAAUGUUCAUAUGCAAAAUAUUGCUUUGCGUUGAUGGAUCAAUCAAUUGCAUAAUGAAUCAAUUCUAGUAUUAGGGGCUCGCUUAAGAAACUCUCUUUUGAUCGAAGAUAUUUAUAUAAAAUCCGCAAUAUGAAUAACUUUUAUUUGGCAGGUUAAGCAGAAAAAGUAUUACUGAGAAUUGAAUUUAUUUUUGUGGAGUAAAAAUCAAACAAGCCAAAUCAGGCUUUUCGUUGAACCGGCGAACACCAUUUCACGUAAACCGCCAACCGGCGCCACCGCGCCGAAAUGUGUUAAGAUUCGUUAC